AACCGGUGCAGCACUCCGAGCAGCGCGCUCCUCCGGACUGCCCACUGUCCGCCCGACAACACGGACGCUACGGCCCCGCGCGCCGGCGGACCGGCUACCGGGACCUCACGGCGAGGCGCGACUACCGGCCGCUUUCUGCACGCGCGCCGCUCACACAUCAGAGACGUUUCUCUCGGUCGCUCGUUUCCCGUUCUUCAGGAGACGGAGGAAGAGAAAGCGGAGGAGUGGAGGUUCAGGUGGAGCGAGGCCCGGGGGUCCAGACCCAGAACCAGACCCAGAGGCAGAACCAGAGCCAGAACCACGGGAUAUAUAAAGCUAAUAAGCUCAGUUUCCAUCAUGAAGACGACCGCUUGUUUCAUAACCACAAAUAUAACACUAAAUGUGAUCGUUCCUCACUGACCCUGGAUCAGCUUACUUCCUCUUCUCCAUCCAAUAGGCUAGCUCCUGAGCAUCCGAGAGCGGGUCGCCUCACAUGGGCGUGUGUGAGGGCGUGUGUGUGUGUGAGGGCGGACAGGCAUGGCGGGCGUCCGAGAGCGCGGCGAGCGCGGCUCCCGGCGGCCGUGGUCGGUGUACCGGGCCAGCACAUUCGAGCUGUCCAGCGAGAUGAUCGGCUUGGCUCUCGCAGGAAAUAGUCAGGACCCAGAUGAGCCGGUGCUGGAGUUCAGCGUGGCCUGCACGGAGCUGCAGACGCCCUCCGCGGACCGGAAGCCCAACAGUUUCGUGGUGGUGAGCUGUACGACGCUGCCGCAGGCCUUCUGGACCAAACACGCCCAGACCGAGGUCAUCGAGGGCACCAGCAACCCCAUCUUCCUCAGCAGCGUGGCCUUCUUCCAAGAGUCCAACAUCAACCAGCAGACGCAGGUGAAGGUCACCGUCUACGACGUGAAGGACCGCUCGCAGGGCACGAUGUACAUGUUGGGCUCGGCACUUUUUCCUGUUAAAGAGUUGUUGCAGGAGAAGAGCCACAGAUUACAGCUGGAACUGAGGUCGGCAGAGAACCAGCGGGUGGGGAACAUCACCGUUGCUGCCUGGCAGAUGGAGGAGAGGGCGGAUCAGAGGAUGUCGGGCGGCCGCCUGCCGGACAGCAUCAACGGACGGACGAUGCUGCCCGUCGACGAGAGCCUCACCGAGUCGAUGGGCGUCCGGAUGAAGUACGCGUCGCUAAGCAAAGACAUCCUGCUGCGCUCAGUGUUCGGGGGCACGAUGUCCCGGAUGUACCGCUUCCCCACCACGGACGGGAACCACCUCCGGGUGCUGGAGCAGAUGGCCGAGAGCGUCCUCUCCUUGAACGUCCCCAGACAGUUCGUCAAACUGCUGCUGGAGGAGGACGCGGCCAGGGUGUGUGAGCUGGAGGAGCUGGGGGAGCUGUCGCCCUGCUGGGAGAAUCUGAGGCGGCAGAUCGUCUCUCAGUACCAGACCAUAAUACUCACGUACCAGGAGACGCUGUUGCACCUCACCGACUACCGAGGCCCGUCGUUCAAAGCCAGCAACCUGAAGGCGGAGAGGAAGCUGGAGUUCAUGCCCACCAACCUGCACGUCCAGAGGAUGAGGGUCCAGGACGAGCUGGGCUUCGAACACACGUAUGACGUCAUCACCAUCGGGGCGCCGGCCGCUCACUGCCAGGGCUUCAAGAGCAGCGGCCUGAGGAAACUCAUCCACAAGUUUGAGGAGGCGAAGAAACACGCAUGUGAGGAGGAACGCUCCGCCCUCUCCAGCUCCCAGUCCAUCGUCUACAUUCCUCAGGACAUCGUGCGAGCCAAAGAGAUCAUCGCCCACAUCAACACGCUGAAGACUCAAGUCAGCUACUACGCCGAGAGGCUCUCCCGAGCCGCCAAGGACCGCUCGGCCGGCGGCCUGCAGCGAACGCUCGCCAUCCUGGCCGACAAGACUCGCCAGUUGGUGACGGUGUGCGACUGCAAGCUGCUGGCGUCGGCCAUCCAGGCCCUGAACGCAGCGCGGCCUGAGUACGUGGCCUCCGAGGCGUCUCCCUCCGCCGACGCCGAACAAGUAGUCCUGAGAAACGACCAGGACACGCUGCUCGCCAAGUGGAGCGGCUCCAACAGCCGCGCCUCGCUGCAGCUGGACUGGCUCGAGGAGGAGUGGGAGAAGGUCUGGCUGAACGUGGACAAGUCUCUGGAGUGCAUCAUCCAGCGCGUGGACAAGCUGCUUCAGAAGGACAGGAGGCCGAGCGUCAGCAGCCAGGACAGUACCCCGUCUGACCUGCAGGGCGGCGCCAGUAAGAAAGGUGAAGGAAAGAGACGGGCGUUCUGGAUCAACCCAGAGUCAUCUCCAUCAUUACCAUCUUCAUCCUCAUCACCACCACCAUCCUCUUCCUCUCUGCCCGCCCUCUCCUCUGCACAGGACUUCUAUGGGAGCCCCAGUGCUGAGGAGGCCUACCCAGGCGAGUGGAGCGAGGCGCUGUACCCGCUGCUCACCACGCUCACCGAGUGCGUCGCCAUGAUGGCCGACAAGGCCAAGAAGUCCAUGGUGUUCCUGCUGAUGCAGGACAGCGCGCCCACCAUCGCCAUGGACCUGUCGCUGCAGUACCGCCGCGACGUCGUCUUCUGCCAGACGCUCACCGCUCUCAUCUGCGGCUUCAUCAUCAAACUGAGGAACUGUCUCCGUGACGACGGAUUCCUCCGUCAGCUGUACACCAUCGGCCUGCUGGCUCAGUUUGAGUCCCUGCUCAGCACCUACGGUGAGGAGCUGGCCAUGCUGGAGGACAUGAGCGUCGGCAUCAUGGACCUCCGCAACGUCACCUUCAAGGUGACACAGGCCAUCGGUAGCUCCGCCCCCGACAUGCUGCCCAUCAUCACGGGGAACCGCGACGGCUUCAACGUGCGCAUCCCGCUGCCGGGCGCCAUGUUCGACGCGUUGCCGCGGGAGAUCCAGAGCGGCAUGCUGCUGAGGGUGCAACCGGUGCACUUCAACGUGGGCAUCAACGAGCAGCAGACGCUGGCGGAGAAGUUUGGAGACACGUCCCUGCAGGAGGUCAUCAACCUCGAGAGUCUCUCCAGGUUGAAUUCGUACUACGAGCAGUUCAAAGAAGUCCUGCCGGAGGACUGCCUCCCGAGGUCUCGCUCCCAGACGUGUCUCCCGGAGCUGCUGAGGUUUCUGGGGCAGAACGUCCACGCCAGGAAGAACAAGAACGUGGACGUCCUCUGGCAGGCGGCCGAGAUCUGCCGCCGGCUGAACGGCGUCCGCUUCACCAGCUGCAAGAGCGCCAAAGACCGCACGGCCAUGUCGGUGACCCUGGAGCAGUGUCUGAUCCUGCAGCAUGAGCACGGCAUGGCGCCGCAGGUCUUCACGCAGGCGCUGGACUGCAUGCGCAGUGAAGGCUGCCGGCGAGAGAACACGGUGAAGAACGUCGGCUGCAGGAAGUACGCGUUCAACUGCCUGCAGCUCAAGGCCUUCCCCAAACACUACCGCCCCGAGGGCACCUACGGGAAGGUGGAGACCUGACGGCACCCCGCGGUGCUCCGCCUCGCAUCAUCGGACCGGACGGACACUGUGUUUUUUGGUAAAGGCCGGGAAUCAGACCCCCGGUUUCUGUCCCGGAGGAGAAUAAACAAACUGUUUGGCCUUCCGGAAAACAAACCGCAGAAGUGUUUUUUUAUGUUUUAGUUGUUUGUUCCAUGUUAUGCACAACAAACACGUUGGAUUCAAGAACGUUUAAAUGUAUGAACGACACUGCCUCACCUCUGAUCGAGCUGAUACGAUCAAUAUCGACCAAUAUCGAGCACGCACACAUUUAUAUUUAUGCUCCACGAUGAAAAUUCAUUAAAAACACAUUUUAAAUCCAAUUAUAUACGAAUAAAACUGACUAUCUGUUGUCAGCCCACCGUGUUCAGACACAUUUCCACGUUAGGAUGUCUUGAAGCCUCUGAUGAACUAUUCAAGGAUGAUAUUUAUAUUGAGGGGAAGGAUCGUUUUAUUUGUUGUCAACAAAUCAAAUGAAAAUGUAAAAUGUGUCACGUCACAGACUGAAGUAUUUCCCGCUCUUUUCUCCUGCUCACGUUUCCGCUGUGAUCAAUAAAUCAGGACACAGGAACUGUAACUCUGUCUCUGUGUGAAGAAAACUGGACUGAAACUCACAAUAAUGUCAGAAUAUUCUUUUAUAUUAUGGAAAAAUAGGAUAAAUUAAACUUCAUUAAUCUCAAUCGGAGGGAUUAAAUGAUACUUAAAUGGAUUCAGAAUAAAGGGGUUCCACCUCUUCUUUAAAUGCAAUUUGUUUUUGCUGCUUAUGUUUUUUCUUUUCAACCAAAAUAAGAAAAUCCGAAGCAGCUAAACCGAGAUAUUAAUAACAUGUGUAAUGACGCGUCUGAACCACACGGGGGAGCCUCUUUACGGUUUAACCGCGUUCAUCAAGCAAGUUUUUGUUCUAAAUCCAGUUUAUCUUGUUUUACUUGAGACUUUCUUUCGAUCCGAGACGGUUUGAAUCUCUUUAUAUUAUAACUUGUCGAUAUCUGACUGAAAUAAAUAUGAAAUGUA